AUGGGCGGCUCCCGCUUUGCGACCGGGCCGGAUCCGCUCUACACGCCACGCAUGCCCCCGGCGAUCUACGAAACGGUCAAGGAACGCUGCCGGGAUGUCUUGAGCGAGCUCUUUGAGCGCGUCGGGUCGCCGAUCGAAGGCCCCGGUAAGCGGGACCACGGCGACAUCGACAUGCUCGUUGCGGUCCCCAAGGGCGCGAUGGCUUCCGCCUUGGCUGGGAAGGACGAGUCGUCUGAUGAGACGGCCGAUGAAGAAAACUCGCCCAGCAAUAAUGACGAGAUCUCAAACGCUUGGGACAUCAUCGCUGCGGCCUUGGGAGCCGUGCGCAUGGCCAAGGAGCAGGACAGAGCUGCCAACCUCGCCGUCCCCUGGCCCGACGAUCUGGAGCCCGAGCACGACGACGACCACGGAGCCGACGAUCCCGGCACCACCGCGGCCAAGAAGCACAUCCAGGUCGACGUGCGCAUCUGCGCCUCGGUCGAGGAGCUCGACUGGAUGCUGUUCAAGCACGCCCACGGCGACAUCUGGAACCUGCUCGGCUCGACCAUCCGGCCCUACGGCCUGACCAUCGACGAGACGGCCCUCAGCAUCCGCGUCCCCGAGAUCGAGCGGUCCAACAAGAGGCUCGCCCGCGUCGAGCUGUCGCGCGACCCGGCCGCCGUGCUCGCCUUCCUCGGGCUCAGGCGCGACGGCUUCUGGGACCGGCCCUUCGCCUCGCUCGACGCCAUGUUCGAGUACGCCGCCACGUGCCGCCUGUUCUGGGUCCGGCCCCCCGCCGCCGCCGCCGCCGCGGCGGAUUCUAGCCCGGGCGACCCGCCGACGACGACGGCGCGCCUCGCCGGCCUCGUGGGCAGCGACGAGGGCCGCGCGGGCCUCAAGGCCAACGACCGCAAGCGCAUGGCCACGCGCCCGGCCUUCCGCGCCUGGCAGGACGAGUUCAUCCCGGCCUGCCGCGCGGCGGGGCGCUUCGCCCCGGACCCGCCGUCCCUGACGGCGGACGAGGUGGCGGCGCGCGUGCGGACGGACGCGUUUGCCGCGUUCCCCGGCGUGCGCGAGGUCUUCGAGGCCCGGCGCGACGAGUUCGUCGCCGGGAGGCAGCGCGAGGACAUCACCAAGGCGAUCCGGACCGCCGUCCCGCGCGACCUGGACCCGUGGCUGCGGGGCCGGACGGUCUCGGCGCUCAAGAAGAUUGUGCUGCUGGGCGACGACGAGGACGGCUUCGGCGUCGCGCCCGACUUUGCCGUGCGGGACGACAGGGGCUUCUGGGACGUCGAGAAGGUGGUGGGAUGGGUUGGGGAUCACUGGGAGGAUGUGCUCGGCACGCAGAUCACCGUGGCGGCGGCGGCGGCGGCGGAGGACAAGGACGGACGGUGCCUUGCUCGGCGAGAGUGA